CUAAUUGCCGUAGAGGUGGCAGUGAUCGCAACGAUGCUAAUCAUCGAACCACCGGACACGGAGCUGCGGUUCUCCAAAGACCUUAUUCGAGCUCGUCUGUGCUGCAACACCAGUCAACGCGGCACCAUAAUUCCUCUCGCCUUCCCCAUUUUGCUCAUAGCUAUGUGCACCAUCUAUGCCAUAAAGACGCGCAACCUACCGCAGAACUUCAAUGAAGCCAAAUUCAUCGGUUUCACCAUGUACACCACCUGCGUUCUCUGGCUCUCCAUCAUUCCAGUCUACUUGUCAGGCUACAAGACUGAGGUGACGUUGACCCUUUGCAUCAGCAUCUCCGCCACAAUUGCUCUCUUGGUGCUGUUCAUGCCAAAGACCUACAUCAUCCUCUGUCGACCGGAGAAGAAUUCGCGCAUGUCAUUCACCACAGCGAAGGACAUUCGGUGUCACAUAGGAGUGCUGCAAACCAAUGUCAAUAAAAAGGACAAACCAAAGAAAAAAUUAUUUGGGAAAAAGAGCAAACCUCUUGUAGGAAGAAAGUCCUCUGGUUAUACUGAGGUAAUGGAAAUGGCAAGUGACAGAAAAACUUCAUCGUCUCCGCUAUCUCAGCCACCAGAAGUCCAUUUCAAGGCAUCGCCUGAUCUAACGGCACCAUCUACAGAGGUCUCUUCACCUAGGAUAAUGGAAAACAGCCCCAAUCUAAAAUUCGAUGACGACACCGGUCGGGACUCCUCAGAUUCAGUUCAAGUCCCUCUAGAUGAGAAUAGACAACGAAAGUCAUUCAUUCGGCGAGAACGGCGUCUUUUUCCACCUCAGUCGAGGCAAUCAAUCUUGGACGGCAAGAAUGCAAAGCUACCAAUGCUGAUGAACAGUCAGAUGGAGGAGAUAAGAGUUUAUCGUGAGCAGUUAAAACGCUUAAGGGAUAUUUUUGUUCGCACAAAUAAGGCCAUGCAGGAGUCGGAAAAUGCGCGUUACAGAGCGGAGGAAGAGCUACAGCAUUUAAGGAGCCUUGCCUUUGAGCAGAAUCUGCCGGAGCGCGAAGAGUUAAUCUCGGCCCUGCAAAACCUACGAACAGAAUAUGAGUCUGUUGAGAGGGACAAAGUGGUCAGUUUUCAAAUUUUGUACCGUUUCUAA